GUCAUUUAUGAGAUAAUGGAUAAAAUGAGCUCAGUUUCUCCCCAAAUCUCGCUAGCUCAAAAGACGAGCUCAGAGGAGAGAGAGGUGAUGGCACUAACACAGUCCCCUGCAUUUCCUCCGCCCACAACUACCUUUCGCGCAAUAAGAUUGAGCUCCCCAUUUUUAGGGUUUAAGAAAUUGGGUUACUUCCAAGCCAACAAGAUCACUGUUAAUUUGGGUGCAAGAAGUAAUGGCUCCAGAGCCACUUGCUGGUUCAAGUUUGGAAAGAACGGUGUAGAUGCUGAGGGAGCCGGAAUCUACGGUAGCCAGAAGCGCGACGAUUUCGACAGAGACGAUGUGGAACAGUAUUUCAACUAUAUGGGGAUGCUUGCGGUGGAGGGCUCAUAUGACAAAAUGGAGGCUCUAUUGAGCCUAGACAUACACCCUGUUGAUAUAUUGUUAAUGUUGGCUUCCUCUGAGGGGGAUAAACCCAAAAUAGAGGAGCUUCUGAAAGCAGGUGCAAAUUACAAUGUGAAAGACAUGGAUGGAAGGACUGCUCUUGAUAGAGCAGCUUCCGAUGAAAUUCGACAACUCAUUCAAGGUUUCUCAGUUAAGAUGUUGUAAUAACAGUGAUUUCCACAAUAAAAUUGUAUCUCAGGUUUCUUUUUGUGAUAAUAGAAUCAUAUGCUUUUGUAUGGUCUGUUUCUUUUGGUGUCUUUGAUGACUGUGUGGUGGCUUCUUAAUGGAUGGAUUCUGCAAAA